AUGGGGCAUAUGACUCAAAACUGCCGAGCAUUGAAGCAACACCUAGAGGAAUUGGUAGCUGCUGGGCACCUCCAAGAAUACAUUGAUCCAGACAAAGUGGUAACCGAGCAGGAGAACUCCCCACCAAAACCAAACGCAGAGCAUUUGUCUCGAUUGGUCAUAAAUGUAAUUCAUGGCACAACUGGUCACGAGCGAGAAGAGACACUUCAGGAAGAAAUUGCAAAGGUCGUGCAGAUUCAGCAAGUCAUGUCAGUGGGUUCAGCAUCGAAAAAGGUACGAACAAUACCUAAGACUCCCUUAUGUAAUGUUUCAUUUACUAAGAAGGACUUAGAAGGCAUUCAGAACCCACACACUAAUGCACUGAUUAUAACUAUGGGAAUUGAAAAAUGCUUUGAUGUGAAACGAGUCUUGGUAGACCAAGGUAGCGCAACAAAUAUAUUGUAUUACGACUUGUUCAGAAAGCUUGGUCUCUCUAGGCAGCACCUCACCCCAGCAGCAGCACCGUUGGUCGGUUUAAAUUCGCAGCCUGAGUGGCCACUUAGCAGGAUAGUGCUGCCUGUAGUGGCUGGGACAAAGACCCUUCAGAUAGAAUUCCUAAUUAUCAACACAUCGUCUCCCUACAAUUCCAUACUUGGUUGGCCUUGGAUUCAUCAAAUGGAAGCAGUCUCCUCAACCUACCACCAGCUUCUCCGCUUCUUGACGUAA